AUGAUUGAAAUGCUUAAGGAUAAAACUCAUCUAAAAACUUUUGAGGAUCAUAAAGAUUAUAGAACAGAGAACGAAAUUAAUUCUGAAAUUGUAAAGUUUCAAGAUCAACAAAAGAAUAUUGUUGAUCAAAUUCUUGCUCUUUCACAUUUUGCACAAAUAAUCAGAAAAAAUAGUAUUUGUGAGAUGCGUGAAUUUGCUCAGCAGGCAGACACGUACUUUAAAACACAUCUCUAUGAUUUGGCUCAAAAAGAACAUGUUGGUACUCAUAAAGAAGAGAUUAAACAAAAAAUAGAAGACAGAGAUAUAACGAUUCAUGAUUUUUGGAGAGAGAAAUGGGUUCUACCGCCCAGAAAUACAUCUCAAGAUGCCACAGAUUUUGAUAAAAAAAUGACUCUUUUGGCCUUAAUGUACUCACAAAUCUUAAUUGUUAAUACUAAAGGUCUCAUACAUGAUAUUUCUGAUAUUCUUGAGGUAUCUUCUUAUCAUCUGGAUGCCCUCAGCCAACAGGAUUCUAAGCCAAGAAUAAAUUUUGUAUUACAUGACAUAAAAGAUGCCAGAAGUGCUCAAAGUCCAGCAUUUUGUGAUAUAAGAAAAAAUUUACGAAAGAUGUUUCAAGAAAUUCCAGGAUGUGCAUUUGAUAUGGAAGACUUUAUGAUUGUUGAAGAAAAGGAUGUUCACCUGCUUGAAAAUGCCUUUUCUUGCUCAUUUGAUGAUUUUAAUCUACAAUCUAUGAUUACUAAUAAUGAUAACUUUUAUUUUCCUGUGUCUAUUUGGAAAGAAAUUGAUGCAUGUGGAAAUUUUUUUUAUUUUAAAAAUUCUAAAGAUAUACAACAAUGGAAUGCAAUGAAAAAGAUUGUCAGUAGCUAUGAAGAGACUUUAUUAGAAUCCUACAAAGUAGCUGGGUUAAAAUUAAUAGAUAAACAAACUGAAUUGAAUCAAUGGACCAAAAAUGAUGAUAUAAUGUUUGAAAAAUGUCUUGAUCAAGAAACCAACAAAUAUCUCUCUCAAGCACUUGCUGAUUUUUGGCUAAAA